GGAGCAUGCGCACUGGCAGCCCCUCGCUCUGGCGCUCGAGACUCCGCGCAGGCGCGGUGUACUGCGCGCGGACACGAGGGUGGUUUUUCGACGCUGGCAGUGAACAAACAGCAGGCAGCAUGGACCGCGGUUGCUGGGCAGGAUGGGGAGCGCCUGUGAUCAGUUGCCUUAGAAAUAGUGAGAUGGGAAGCUGCACUUAGAAGAUCCUGGAGGAUGCCUGACAAGGGGGUGUCCAACACAUGAUGAAGUAGGAGCUCUUUUUGAAAUGUUUCUUUGCCUUCCUGGAGCAGAGGAGCCAUUUUAUUUAUGCAGUGAUUAUGCUUGUCAUUGCUGGUGGUAUCCUGAUGGCCUUGCUCCUGCUGAUAGUUGUUGUGCUCUGUCUUUACUUCAAAAUAGGCAACGCACUAAAAGCUGCAAAGGAAUCUGGUCACAACCCAGACAAGCUGUUGUACGCCAAGAACAGCCAGGCCAAAACCAUGGCCACGGAGUCUUGUCCCGCCCGGCAGUGCUGUGAAGGAUGUAGAAUGUAUGCCGAUUUUGAUUCCCUGCCACCUUGCUGUUGUGACAUAAAUGAGGGCCUCUGACCUGGGAAAGGUGGGCCCAAAAAUCUUCAUGAGCAGUAUUUCUUUCUUAAUAGAAUAUUUUGUUAUUCAAGUUCUAGGGUUUUUAAUGUGAUACUGUAUAAUUUACAGCGUUGUUUUAUAUACUUUUGAAUCAAUGUACAAUAUUAAAAA